AUGAGUGAGUACGAGAAAGCUUAUCAGAUUGGUGAGUGCGAGCACACGGACACACAGAAACAGGCAGACACACGUCAACGCCCUGGGGCAUCUAUCUAUCUAUCUAUCUAUCUAUCUAUCUAUCUAUCUAUCUAUCUAUCUAUCUAUAAAUUCUCUGUGUGUUCACAUCUAUCUAUCUAUCUAUCUAUCUAUCUAUGUCUAUCUCAAUUUAUCUUUCACUAUCACUCUAUCCCACUCUUUUAUCUAUCUAUCUAUCUAUCUAUUCAUCUAUCUAUCUAUCUAUCUAUCUAUCUAUCUAUAAAUUCUCUGUGUGUUCACAUCUAUCUAUCUAUCUAUCUAUCUAUCUAUCUAUCUAUCUAUCUAUCUAUCUAUCUAUCUAAAAUUCUAAGACUAUGUCUAUCUCAAUUUAUCUUUCACUAUCACUCUAUCCCACUCUUUUAUCUAUCUAUCUAUCUAUCUAUCUAUCUAUCUAUCUAUCUAUCUAUCUAUCUAUCUAUCUAA